AUGGGCGACGACGCGCAGGAAGCGACCGCGAUGAUGGGGAGAAUGGAGGUUCAUGAGCCGCAGACCCCGAGCUGGUUCCACGGAGCCGAGGUCGAGACGCCAGGAGUACCCCGGAAGCGUCAUCAGACGACCCCAGCGGUCUCCCCGAGCGACCCGUCGGCGGCGGCGCUGCAUCUCAGGAAGCGCCACAACCACGAGAAGUCGCCAGACCCGUCGGCGCUACGCUCGACCCAGCGAGCGUGGUCGACAGGGGCCGACGCCGUGUCUCGGAAUCUCCUCGAUGUGCUUGACGAAGAAGGCGACGCGACGCUUAUUGUGUACCAGCCGUCGUGCUUGGAUCAUCACACGGGGCGUCAUCAAGAGAAUCGACAGCGCGUCGCUGCACUCUGCGGCCCCCACGGCGUCUUGAACCUGCCCCGCUUCCAGCACCUGCGCUGGGCGCCAUUGGAUCAACUUGUACCAGCUCGACUUGUGGAUCUGGAGCGCGUGCACUCGCGGGCAUACUUGCGCCACCUUGAGGCGACGUGCGCGUUGCUGCCACCCCAAGACGCGAAUCUCUCGAUCCAGAACGAGUUUGAAGGCCAUCGAUCGCACAAGUCGUGGAUCCAGACGACCAAAGCGGUGAAGUGCCACGAAGACACGAUCUGCAACGCUGCCGUCGACUUGGACCCGGACAUGCCGAUCUCGAAAGAAAGCUUCAUGACGGCGCGGUAUGCCGUCGGCGCUGUCUUGCAUGCAGUCGACGAAGUCGUGUGCGGUCGAAGCAGAAACGCAUUUGUCGUGGUGCGACCGCCGGGACACCAUGCUGGACCGUAUGGCUGCGUCGAGAACGACGCCUUUCACAAGUCUCCCGGCGGAUGCUCGUGUGGGUUUUGCCUCCUCAACAACGUGGCGAUCGGAGCAGCCUACGCGAUGACGACGUACGGCCCGUCGCACUACUCAAAAGCCUCCAUCAGCCAUGCCACAGUGCGCCGUGUCGCGAUUAUCGACUUUGACAUUCAUCACGGCAAUGGGACGGAAGAGAUCGUUCGGAACCUGCGGCUUCAUGACCAUCGUUACCCACUGCCACCAAGCUGGGCUCCGAAAACGUUUCCAUCCUACAUGCCAUGGCGCGACGAUGACGAUGCCGACAACGUGUUCUUUGCGUCCAUGCACGUAUACGACGAAACGACGGCGUUCUACCCCGGAUCCGGACGCGGGCCGCAUGGCAGGAACGAGCUCGCAUCGUGCAACACUAUUGUCAACAUUCCACUGACGAAUCUCGGCGCAAGCGGCAAGCGAGGCACCGAGCGCACACGCCUUGAGCACAUGGAGCGCGCAUCGAGCGAAUUUCAGUCCAAGGCCACCGAGGUCCUCUUGCCGGCGCUGCGCGCAUUUGCACCCGACUUGAUAUUGAUCUCGUCGGGCUUUGAUGGACAUGUCGACGAUUACUACCACGGCCUCACGGAAUGGGACUACGAAUGGAUCACGCAGCGCCUCGUCGAGAUCGCCGACAACUGCUGCGACGGUCGCAUCGUUUCGGUGCUGGAAGGCGGCUACAGCUUGGCGCCCCCGAGCAAGGCCAGUUCGUCGAAUCUCGCGCUCGCCGCCGACCGCCAUGGCCGCGACGUGGAUCCGGAUCUGAUCAAAUUUGGUGGCAUGGCGCGAUCUUGCGCCGCCCAUGUCGCAGCGCUGUCCCGCGACUGA